AUGCCUCCAAAGAAGAGAAACAAUGACAUAGUCGAUGUUGAAAAUGUUGGGAUGGAUGUGGAUGCUGAGUUUGACAGCGACAGUGAAGAAGAGGCGAGGAGGAAAAGUCGAAACAGAAGAGCUAAGAUGCAACGCAAAGCCAAGCAUGUCAGUGAAGAUGAGGAUGAGGAGGAUGAGGACGAGGCACCCCAACGACGAGGACGAAGGAAGUUAACCAAGACAGAUGAUGAUGAUGAUGAUGAUGAGCCCCCUCAAAGACGAGGACGGAGGAAGACAACCAAACCCCAGGACAGUGACGAAGACGAUGAUGGAGAGAAACGAAAGGCAGCAGCAAGGAAAGGAUCAAGAGCCUCCAGGAAGAAGGCUUCUAAGGAGCAGAGCGAUGAAGAAAGUGAGGAAGACAAGGGGAGAGGAAAAAAAUCUGGGAGAGCUGUGACCAAAAAGGAGAAAGAGGAGCAGAAUAAUGACAAGAAGGGAAACAAGAAAGGAAGAGAUGAGGAGAAUAAGGACAAGAAAAAGAGCAAGAAGACAAGCAGCAGCUCCUCCUCCUCUUCUUCAUCCUCCGACCCGGACGAAGAAUCAUUGUCAGAGGGAGAGAUGGCAGCCCUGAAGGAACAGGUGGAGGAAAAGAAGAAGCUGAUUGCGACGUUAAGGAACAAACCGUGGCGCAUGAAGAAGAGGCUCUUGCUGCUCAAGGAGGCCCAGGAUUUUGUUGAAAAGUUUGAAGGCGCUCUAGGAAAAGGGAAAGGCAGGAGACUGUAUGCUUUCAAAGUCAUGAUGACAAAGAAACUAAUCAAAUUCAAUCGGGAUUUUGAUAACUUCAAAACGGCUUGUAUACCCUGGGAGAGGAAGAUAAAGGAAGUAGAAAGUCACUUUGGAUCUUCAGUCGCAUCAUACUUCCUUUUUCUGAGGUGGAUGUAUGGUUUAAAUCUGGUCCUGUUUGGGUUCAUGUUUGGCCUGGUGGUGAUCCCUGAGAUUCUUAUGGGUCUACCGUAUGGUUCAAUUCCCAGGAAAACUGUCCCCAGAGAUGAACAGGACACAGCCAUGGACUUCUCUGUUCUCUCUGACUUUGGGGGUUACUGCAAAUAUUCCAUUUUAUUCUACGGAUUCUACAACAACGAACGAAGCAUCGGGCUUCUGCAGUUCAAACUCCCUCUGUCGUACCUCCUCACCAGUGUCGGCGUUUUCGGAUACAGCUUGUUGGUUGUCAUCAGAACGAUGGCUCGUAACGCGAAUGAAGGAGGAGACGGGGGAGAUGAGGGAGAGUUCAUCUUCAGCUGGAAAAUGUUCACCAGCUGGGACUAUCUGAUAGGAAACCCUGAGACUGCGGACAACAAGUACGCCUCCAUUACUACCAGCUUCAAGGAAUCUAUUGUAGAUGAACAGGAGAACCAGAAAGAUGAGAAUAUCCACCUCCGACGGUUCCUCAGGGUUUUUGCAAACUUCCUCAUCCUGUGCAGCCUUGGUGGCAGCGGGUAUCUCAUCUACUUUGUGGUGAAGCGGUCUCAAGAUUUUGCUAAGAUGGACCCCAAAACACUCACGUGGUUGGAAAACAAUGAGGUGGAGUUUGUGAUGUCACUGCUGGGGCUUGUGUGUCCUCCUCUAUUUGAAACCAUUGCAGAGUUGGAAGACUAUCACCCUCGUAUUGCACUGAAAUGGCAACUGGGACGCAUCUUCGCCCUCUUCCUUGGAAAUCUUUACACGUUUCUCUUUGCUCUCUUUGAUGAGGUUAAUGAAAAGCUGGAAACUGAAAAAUCCAUCAAGAACGCAACUGAAUGGGCUUUACACCAAUACUACGCCAACUAUAGCUCGUUCUACAACACCACAAAUGUGCCUCCUCCGAAUGUGGCCCCUGCUGAUGUCAUCAGGGGCCCCUGCUGGGAGACUGGAGUUGGAAAAGAAUUUGUGAAGCUAAUUGUCUCAGAUGUGCAGGUUACCUUUUUGACUAUUCUGGUCGGUGACUUUCUGCGUGCUUUCAUUGUCCGCUUUCUCAAUUACUGCUGGUGCUGGGACCUGGAGGCCGGAUUUCCUUCAUAUGGAGAGUUUGACAUCAGCGGAAAUGUCCUAGGGCUUAUAUUUAAUCAAGGAAUGAUAUGGAUGGGCGCAUUUUAUGCUCCUGGUCUAGUGGGCAUGAACGUCCUGCGCCUCUUGACCUCUAUGUAUUAUCAGUCCUGGGCAGUGAUGGCUUGCAACGUUCCUCAUGAGCGAGUCUUCAAAGCCUCACGGUCCAACAACUUCUACAUGGGCCUGCUGCUGCUGGUGCUGUUUCUUAGUCUGCUUCCUGUUGUGUACUCCAUGAUGACUCUGCCGCCAUCCUUUGACUGUGGACCUUUCAGUGGCCAAGAGAAGAUGUAUGAUGUGGUAAUAGACACACUACAGGCCAUGCCACCUUUUAUUGGGAACAUUUUUACAUAUGCCAGCAACCCUGGGCUCAUCAUGCCUGCAAUCCUUCUUAUGAUACUGGCCAUCUACUAUUUGAACACAGUGUCAAAAGCAUAUCAACAAGCAAAUACUGACUUGAAAAAGAAGAUGCAGAUGGCUCGAGAUGAUGAGAAGAAUCGCAGGAACAACAAGGACAGCACCAAUCAAAUGAUGAAAGACUUGGAAGACCUGCUGCCGAACAAAUCUCUCGCGCCGACUCCCGUUGAGGAAGAGAAACCGCUUGAUAUUGUAAUUGAUAAGACUAGAACAACUAGAACAAAGCCAGGCACAGCAGGGAAAGGAGUAUCAGUGCAAAAGGAGGCUUCACUGGCUGCCCAGAACCCCAGGCGCCCCGUGACCCGGGCCCCGGGGCCAAGAGGGGGCCCCCCUGGAAACAUGAGGUCGCCUCAUCCUGAGCCUGGAAGAGGCAGAGGUCAGGGUGCAGCUCAAAGAAGAUGAACAACAAAAGAAAUUUUAAAUGGCUCACCACAAGUAGCAACCAAUGGUAACAUCACUUUCACGGUCACCAGAGGGAACUGUUGUGUCACUGGAGUAAUAUACUUUUUUAUUAAAUACAAACUUUUGUACAUUUGUAAAUUGUAGAAGUAUUGGUUUAACGUAUGCAAAUAAAGAACUAGAUAUAACAAUUCAUCACACUGACCUAGAUAUUGCUAGUGGGCUGUUACUAGCAGGUAGAUUUCAAAAAUGCAAUGGAAACAUGAUCUGCUGAAUUAUACCAAAGCAAUGAAUGAAACAAAUGAUAGAAAAAUAAAUGCAAAGACUGGAUGCAUUCUGCCCUCGCCGUCAACUUAGUGUUGUUAUCGUUUGUCUCGUUCUUGAUAAACGUGUUACUAUCUGCUGUACUUUGUCCUGUUUCUUAUCCCUGCUUCUGAUCUGUUUCACCAUUUGGUUUGCUUUGUCACUUGUCAUUGUCCCAAAUGUCUUCGGUUACUCUUAUCUUGUUACCUGCUCAUCAGUA